CGUGCUUAGGUAUUCAUUGCUUAGAUAUGCAUUACCUAAGUUGGUAUGAAUAGAUACUUUGUAAUACUAUUGUUGCCUAUUGAUUACAUAGGUCUGUAGGUGCGAAAUGUACAUGUGUGCCGUGCCUACAUAUGUGAUGUAAGUUGGUAGGUAGGUACAUUGCUUCAGGUGAGAUGAGUAUCAUACAUACAUAUAUCUACCGUACAUACACGCAUGCACGUGCGUCUAUAUGUAUGUAUAUGUAUAUAUGUAUGUUGGCUAUAUUCAGGUACGGGUGAAUGUAAACUGGUAGAUGUGACGGGAUGGGAUGGAAUGGGGAUGAUAGGUAGAUGGAUGCACGCACUUCAGAUGAUACGACUCUGCAGCGCUCGGACGUCAGGUGUGUCUACCUACCUAUCUGCACUGCCUCUGACUACUUGCUUUCUGCUGGGUACGCGAGUGUGUAUGUAUGUAUGUAUGUAGGCACAGACUUGAACUAUAUUCUCUGUACGAUAUUGAGCUUGUGUUGCUGGCAAGACGUCUUUCCGUGAUUAUUGGGAAAUCUUGAUAUAUCUUUGCGCCGUUCUGUCCUUAGGUGAAUAGUAAAUUUCCUGCUAAGAAAUAUGGUGUAUAUGGAUUCUUUCGUUUCAGUCCAUACUCUUGUUUUGUUUUUAUCUAGUUCGUCUUGCAUCCUCGACUUCCGUAGAGUAGAUAUGGGUUGGACAUGAAUAGAUAUAUAUCCAGGUAAACGAGUCCGCAGGUAGACAUCCUAAUAUAUAUGAAGUAGCGAAACAUAUAUGAGCAGUGCACGAGCGGAAUGAAU